AUGGGCAUACCGAUGUUCCGCGAGCCAACCUCUAUCGAGGCAGCUAAAAACAAUCCCAUUAAAGACCCCUGUGCCGCUGCGCGCUCGGCAAUCCGUCGUCAGGCCACGAUUCGGCGUCCGUCGCGUUACAGUAGCUCCUCCGCUUUGCGCAGCGCAACGCUACGCCCCCCAUUCCCUCGCCCCUUGGCAGAUGAGAUCGAACGAGAAGCAAACGGGCUACAGCGUCAUGUGCGCUCUCCCAUUCCGAACACUGGCUCCGGCGAAGACCCAUUCGAUCUCACCAGUAGCCUUGCGGACACCAGCGCACGAGAGGCCGGUCAGCGCUUGCUUAACGAUGUCCUCCGACAUAGUCGCCCUGGUCAACGGCUGAGAAUACCGCGUAACACGACAGUGCCCGAUCUGCACCGUCGCUCAUCUCCCGGGGAUGACGGGACCAAUCGACAGGACCAAGAACCUCCCUCUUUCGCGCCGCGCUUUACCCCUGCAGGCGCACAACACUGGACUGUUCCCCCUCGAGUGUACCAGGACGUGAUUCGCUUGUCGCCAUUUCCUCGACCCGAUAGCCUAGGUGGGGAGGUAGGUUCGAAUGUUCCGUUACUACGGCGAGUUGGCCAACGAUCUAUUAACGAGGCAAGUCGUGCCAACCGUGAAUCAGUCGUCGAUGGCCUUGGGGACCGCCAAAGGAGCGUGAGCCCAGAUGACCAUGCGAAUGACGCGUGGGAAACGCUUCUAACUACCAUCACCCCCGACACCAACCUUCCAAGCGCGAAUUCGUCCUUCACGUCAGCAUCAGCGUCUGGAACGGAUGCGUCGAUGAAUGGAACUUCCAGGAGCUCGGCGACUUCGUUCGGGACUCAUCCGAGCUCUUUAGACUCGACCUCAGCAACUGUGCAAAUGGUCCUUGAACCUUACCCCGAGUUUCUCAACCCGUGUGACUACCCGAGUUCGACCGACUCUGAGUUGGAUUCCGAUGAAGAGGCUAGUCAGAAUUCGUUGUUCCGGAACUAUCGUCGCCGAGUGCGCCAGAUGGACAUGCUGAGACGCUCCCAAAACACUCAAUCCACCACGAGUAGCCAUCCUCCUAUCCCUACAAUAUCGCUCUCGUUUCCCGACACUUCGGCCGACCCAGAUCUUCACCAGAUGCAGGCCAUACUGGACCGACUUGCGCGUCGGGAAGAUAUCCCUGAUGACUGGUGGGCAGCCGCCGGGCUGGCUCGAACCAUUGGUCACAGGGUCGGUGCCAAUGAUGAGACUAGCAACACCGAUAGCGUUGACGGACCGUCGAGGUAA